AUGAAAUUUCAUGCUCUAAUAUUUUUUAUUGUCUCCUUUUUGUUGUUGGCAAAUGUCUCCCUUGCAACAAAAGGUGUUGACGUUUCACAAUCCAUCUCUUCAUCAGCUUUCAAAUGUUUAAAAAACAAUGGAUUUGAUUUUGCAAUUGUUAGAUGCGGACGUUCAAGUGGAUCUCCAGAUCCUAACUGUGCCUCAAAUGUUCAAAAUGCUUGGGGUGCUGGUAUGGCCCACGUUGAUGCAUACAUUUUCCCAUGUCCAUCAUGUGGCAAUGGAGCUUCUCAAGUCAUCAAUACAGUUAGAGCCUAUGGUGGAAAGAGUGUUGGUAUGCUUUGGUUAGAUAUUGAGGGUCCACAAUACUGGAGUUCCAAUCAAGGAACCAACCGUGCUUUCUUCAACUCGAUGCUCGAUGGUGCUAGACAAGCUGGUGUCCGUGUUGGUGUAUACACCUCUUCCUCCCAAUGGAAUCCAAUUAUGGGUUCAUGGAGUGGUGGUUCUGCUUACCCAUUGUGGUAUGCUCACUAUGACAACAGUCCCUCCUUCUCUGACUUUAGAUCAUUCGGUGGAUGGUCCAAACCUGCCAUGAAACAAUACCAAGGUGAUCAAUCACAAUGUGGCGUUGGAAUUGAUUUGAAUGUUUAUUAA